AUGGAUGACACUGUUUUGGAUAAUCCUACUCUUUAUCGACAGUUAGUUGGAGGUCUCGUCUACUUGACUGUCACACACCCAAACAUCGCCGCCUAUCCAGUUUAUAUUCUUAGCCAGUUCUUGUCAGUUUCUCGUACUACUCACUAUGCGGCCGUUCUUUGCAUUCUUCGCUACGUCAAAGGCACUCUAUUUCAUGGACUUCAUUUUUCUGCCCAUUCAUUUUUAUCCCUUCAGGCAUACUCAGAUGCUGAUUGGGAUGGUGAUCCCACUGAUCGUCGUUCUACUACUGGUUAUUAUUUGUUUCUUAGUGACUCUCUUAUUACCUGGCGAACCAAGAAGCAAAUGUUCACUACUCCCUCAAGCACAGAAGUUGAAUAUCGUGUUCUCGUUGACACCACUGCUGAGGUUGUUUCGAUUCGUUGA